GCACGCGCUUGGCAACCAACUAGCCAAUAGGAAAGCGGGAUUGGAAAUGGCAGCGUAUCAAGCUGCUGUGCGCUGAGUGUUGAGUGACGUUGACAUGUCGGCGCUCGAUGCGUCUUUGAGCAACGAAUGAGGGAAAGAAAGCGCGCAGUGCGGCGAACCAGGAGUUUCUGCCGCUGCAAGAUAAAGACAAGACACACCCAGCGUGUCCAACAUCUGAGGUCUUCAGCAUUCCUCCUCAUCACUGCACCUCUGAUGGCUCCUCAAUAUGCCCCCAGCCUCUGGGCAGCCCUGCCUCUGCUGGCCUUUCUCCUGGAAACGCUCCUCAUCCUGCUUUUCACAUUCUGCAUUCAGUAUGAGCAGUGGGAAGUUAAAGAGUCUUCCUUCACCGAUAUCUAUGCAGAACUCCAGGAUGUCAGUGUCAUGGUCUUCUUUGGCUUUGGAUUCCUGGCUGCGUUCCUCACCCGGUACAGCUUCAGCAGCUUGGGCUUCAACCUGCUCGUGGCCUCAUUUGCGGUACAGUGGGCAGUGCUGAUGAAUGGUCUCCUGUUCUCCAUUUCUAAUGGAAAGAUCUCUGUCAGCAUGCGGAGUUUGACUGAAGCCCAGAUGUUUGCUGUAUCUGGACUCAUCUCCAUGGGUGCAGUAUUAGGAAAGACCAACCCAAUCCAUCUGCUCCUCCUGGCCCUGCUGGAGGUCACGGGGUUUGUAGCCAACACCUGGAUCCUUCGGACCUACCUGAAGGUACCAGCGGUGGACAGCAUCAUGAUGCUACACAUCUUUGGAGCCUUCUUUGGGCUGAUGACGUCGUGGGCUCUCCGGCGGGAGGGGCUGGAGCCCCGCCACUCAAAGGAGAAGGUGCACCGCAAGACUGGCUUGUUCUCAAUGAUGGGUGCGCUUUUCCUGUGGAUGUUCUGGCCCAGCUUCAACUCUGUGUUGAUUGACCACACCCUCCACGCUAAGAAGCUGAGCGUCAUCGGCAACACGUACCUGUCCUUGGCGGCCAGUGCUGUGAGCGCCUUUGUCUUCUCUGCACUGACCAGCCCUCGGGGGAAGAUGAAUGUGGUCCACAUCCAGAGUUCCAUGCUUGCAGGAGGAGUUGCCAUGGGGGUUCCAAUGUCAGCCAGCUGCACGCCAUGGGUCGCCGUCACCAUAGGACUUCUCGCUGGUCUUCUCUCCACUUUGGGAUUCCGAUACUUCAAGCCCUACCUGCAGGUCAACUUCGGUUGCCAUGACACCUGUAGCAUUCUUAGUGUCCACGGCCUGCCGGGAAUUCUGGGAUGGAUGGCCUAUAUGCUGAUAGAGGUGUCCCACUCUGAUGACCUCUCAAAGUCCCUGAGGUUUACCCUGUACCUCAUGUGUACUCUCAUCACCACCCUGGGUGUGAGCUUGGGCCUUGGAGCCAUCACAGGUGUCCUCCUCAAGUGGCGGGGCUGGAGACCACCCCAAGACAGGAAGUGCUUUGAUGAUCAGGCCUUCUGGGAGUUUCCACACCUAGCUGUGCACAAGUGAGCAGCGUAAGACAAGAGCAGAGAAAUCCAGAGUAGAACUCACGUGUGUAUAAAACCAACAUUUUCGUGCAUGUUCACUUCCUUCGUAACCCCAUCUCUCUUAGAGCAAUUAAAUUAAUCCUUUCAUUCAGCAGAACCUCUUGUGUCCAGGUUCUCCACUCAUCUUUAUCCUGUAAAACAAUUCUGCACUGACUGUUUGCUCAGCUCAACAGGGUGCAGCUGGAAACAAUUAGAACCACAGGUGAAAUUCAAUUCCAAAAAGAAAACUCCAUCUGAAUCAUGGGAUGCAGAUUUUAAUG